UAAGACGCGGACGUGAUCGGUCUCCAAGUAAAGGCCACCAUUUGAGAGACAUCUGUACCACGUUAUUGUUACGGUCAUGAGGUGGAAGGCAGUCGUGAUUAUUCUAAUAGCAAUUGGAUUGUGCCAAAGGGCAGGUGGAGUAACAACAGGAAAACUUGAUGAUGGCUCACAGUCAGAUGUUACUGCAGACCAGUCACAAAAUGAUGACAAGAUACAAUCAGAGGAUGAAGACUUGGUGACUCCAGAGGAUGUAAUUAUGAAGACACUUCCUAAAGGUGAGGGUGAGGUAAAAACCUUGGAGGCAAGACCACCUUUAAAGUUGGCAGAAGAUAGCAGGAGGGAGGCUACACCAGAACCUAGGACACAGCAAAAACCAACACACAACAUAAAGUCUAAGACUAAGCCUGCAACCAAAGCAAAGCCUCUAGCAGCAAAAGCAAAUCCAAAAUCAGUAUUGAAAGCACAGCCUAAAUUACAAUCCAAGACACAGACUGAAUCACCACCAAAACCAGAGCCUACAUCUGAAUCUAAAGCACCGCCAAAGAUAAGUCCCAGAAGAAAUCUUGAGGACAAGCUAACUGAAAAAAUCACUACUGAAUCUAAUCCAGAACCUGAAACACAUCAAGAACCAAAGACAAAAUUAAAAUCUAAACAGCCCCCAAAAAAGUCUGAAGAUCAACCUAAACCACAAGAAGAGUCAGCUACUGAAGCGGCAGCCAGUGAUGACUUUGACAGACAAAAGGCAGUUUCUCCCAUUGCUCAGUUGGAGACCAAAGCACAGUCCAAACCUGAACCAAAAACACUAUCUAAGACAAGUCAAGAAACAAAUCCUGAAGACAAACUCUCACAGAAAACUACUACUAAAUCAAAGACAGAACCUAAGACACAUGAAACAAAGCCAAACUUAAAACCCAAGCAGCCUAAAACAAUGUCCGAAGAUCAAACCAAACCACAGAAAGAAGAGUCACCUACUGAAGCAGCAGUUACUGAUGACUCUGACAGACAGAAGCCAGUCUCUCCUAAUGGUCAGUCAGAUUCCAAAGCACAAUCCACGGUAAGUCAAGAAACAGAUCCUGAAGACAAGCUCAGAGAAAAAAGUACCACUAAAUCUAAUCCAGAACCUGAAAUACAUGAAACAAAGCCAAAGUUAAAGGCCAAGCAUUCUAAAACAAUGUCCAAAGACCAACCCAAACCACAGCAAGAAGAGUCAGCCACUGAUGACUCUGACAGACAGAAGGCAGUCUCUCCCAUUGCUCAGGUGGAAUCCAAAGUGCAACCUAAACCUGAACCAAAAACACAAACAAAGACAAGUCAAGAAAUGAAUCCUGAAGACAAACUCUCAAAGAAAACUAUAAGUGAGUCAAAGACAGAACCUAAAACACAUGAAACAAAGCCAAAGUCAAAACCCAAACAGCCUAAAACAAUGUCCAAAGAUGAACCUAAACCACAGGAAGAAGUGUCACCUACUGAAGCCACAGCCACUGAUGACUCUGACAGACAGAAAAUAGUUCCUCCAAUUGCUCUCCUUCCUAUUUUUCUACAAUCUUCUCCAUCUCCAAGCUUUUUGAAGAAUGAGACAAAACCCAAAACAACUGAUGAAGAAGAGGAUUACAAAUUUGAUGAAGAAAGUGAAGCGAUGCCACCACCUGCGGGAAUGACAUCUCAUAGCAAAGUGGGCCUCAUCUCCAUCACCAUCAUCACUCUUGCUGUGGUUGUUACCAUCAUGGGGGUGUGGUAUAAAAGGAUCAGCUUUGACCACCAACGCUACAAAGACCACACCCUGCUGAUGGAUGAUGAGGAGGAACUUGGAGUCUUCAACCGCUUUUCAUACAACUCUGCAAGAUUUAACACGUAUGAAUCUUGGAAUCAGAUGAAACUCGCAUAGAAUAGCUGUUGUUCCACUGGUAUGGUUCAUCCGGGUCACAUGGAGUUAUGUUGGCAUGGAACUAGGUAACAGCAUGAAGCUGCUGUGAAUUUAGAAUAAUUUUUAUAUGUUCUAAUGUAAGAGAAAAAUCAAUGUUUCCACAUUGGCCAUAUGACAUUAAGAAUAAGUACAACAUUAAAUUGUCACCAGUUAAUUAAAAAAGUGUAUAUAUUUUUGUACCUCAGAUGUUACUGAUGAAGACCAUCACUAAUUGCUGUUGCAUGGCGAGUAUUUUAAGGAAGGAAUUAUGUUGUAAAGGGGCAUAUGCAUAACACUAAAUUGUUAUAUUUCCCUCCAUGAAACAAAUGUAAAUAUUCAGGUUAUCUUCUAAUAAUACAUAUAAAAUAGUGGUGUUAUUUUCAUUAAUAACUUUAAAGAAAAUGUAAAGAGAAAUUUUUAAAUUGACUGGAUUUACUUAUGUUUUCAAUCUAAUAUCAACAUGUAAUAGAAAGGUUUAUGAAUAUGACUGUAUGUAAAUAUGAAUGCAUGCAUGUAAAUACCAGACUUUGGCAUUUUUAUAGUGGCCAAUGUUGCAUUGUUAUAUAAAUAGACUUUUGAUACUGUUUAAGUUCCAGUUUCUGUAUAUGCAAGAAAACAUCCAGUGGGAAAAAGAAUGUAAAUUGUAUAUAAUUUUUUUUCUCUUUUCCUUAAAUGUGAUGUGUGUUACAAACUGGAGAGAUUUUUAGUUUUAUAACCUUGCAUAAUUUCUUCACUUAAUUGUUAUGCAGAAAAUAGAGAUGUAGUAAUUCAAUUCAGCUUUAAGAUAAUCCAUUACACUACUGCUACUACAGUAAAACUACUAAAACUUGUACUACUUCUACUACUACUACUGUUGUUGCUGGUACUACUGCUAUUGUUACUAUAGCACUAAUAAUCUACUACAAAAUUGAAAUCUACAUAAUGUGGGAAUAUGAAAGUCUGUUGUGUGAUUAUGGAUAAAAAAGGAAAAUGACCUUUA